AUGGGUCCGCAUAGGGUUUUUUGGAGGGGACUUUGGAAGGUGAGAACCCUUCCAAAGGUUCGACUUUUUGGGUGGAGAUUAGGCCAUGGCAUUCUCUCAACGGCUAAGAGAUGUUCAAUCGUGGCUCGUUGGUCUUUGCCUUAUGAAGAUGAGGUCAAAAUUAUUGUUGAUGUAGUAGGGAAUGCGAAGAUGAGCUUUGCUUAUUGUGAUGCCGUAGUUCGUGGCCAUGAGGGAAUGGUGAUCGUCAGACUUACUUUCUUAAUUGCUGGGGCCUUUGAUGCUCAUCCAACCGAAGCUCUAUCUUUAUUUUGCGUUGCUAAGAAGGCCCUUGAGAAGAGUUAUUCCAGAGUCAUUCUAGAAUAUGAUUGUGCUUUUGUUGUUAAUAAGUUUUCUAGUGAGCCUUUAGAUUUAUCUUAUUAUGGUCGUAUUGUUAAUGAGGCCCUAGUUUUUUGUAACUCGUUUGGUGUUGUUAGUUUUUCUUUUGCCCACAGGUCAGCCAAUCUUGUCGCCCAUUAUUUAGCACAUUGA